CACCUCUCCACCCUCCUUUAACAAUUCGCUUGCUCACAAACCUUCGUGGGCGAUUUUAUCGACUUCGUCUACCCGUACAACUACAACAACAACAGUCGCUGCUCUAUAAGCACAGGUCGAUUUUACUAGGUGCUUUUUCCAUUCACCACUACUCCACCACAAACUCGUCUUGUAGUAGAAGAACGACGAUGGCUUCUGUUGCCGACAUCACGAAGACGCUGCAGACAUUGGGUUUGGACGAGACCAGCGAUCUCUCUGCCCAAGCUGAUGUUUUUAAGAACCCCGUAGAUAUUUACCGUAGCUACAUCGCCAACGAACUGCAUAAAAUCAGUGGCGUCGAUCGAGAGCUCAUUUACCCUGCUCUGGAGACAAACAUCAGCAAGGAUGCUGCUGACCUGAAUUUGCCUGUUCCCCGUCUUCGUGCCAAGGGAAAGCCUGCAGAAUUGGCUUCCAAGUGGGCCGAAGCUUUCCCUAAGGGUUACGUCAACUGUGAAGCCAACGGCAUCUUCUUGCGUUUCAACUUUGACGGUAGCAAGCUUACCGAGCUUGUUUUGCCCAUGAUCUGGUCGAAGCAGAGCGAGUACGGUCGUAACAACUCUGGAAACGGCAAGGUCGCUGUCAUUGAGUUCAGCAGUCCUAACAUCGCCAAGCCUUUCCACGCUGGUCACCUGCGUAGUACUAUUAUCGGUUCUUUCUUGGCCAACUUGCACGAAUCUCAAGGCUGGAAGGUCUACCGUAUCAACUAUCUUGGUGACUGGGGUAAGCAAUUUGGUUUGCUUGCCGUUGGUUUCGAAUUGCACGGUGACGAGGAGCAACUCAGCAAGGAUCCCAUUCGUCACCUGUACCAAGUUUACGUAAAGAUCAACGCUGACGCUACUGCUGAGCAAGAGAAGAUCGAUGCCGAAAAGGCUGAGGCUGAAGCUGCUGGCAAGCCUUACGAGACCCCCGUGACACUUCAUGACAAGGCUCGUCAAUUCUUCAAGCGUAUGGAGGAAGGUGACGAGGAGGCCUUGAAGGUUUGGGGCCGUUUCCGUGAACUCAGUAUCACCAAGCUUCAAGAGACGUAUGAGCGUCUCAACAUUAAGUAUGACCAAUACGAUGGUGAGUCUCAAGUUCCCCUGGACCUCAUGAACGAGGCUCUCGAGAAGUUGAAGACGCUUGGUUUGAUCGAGGAGGACAAGGGUGCCCUUCUCGUUGAUCUUUCCAAGCACGACAAGAAGCUUGGCAAGGCUAUCGUCCAAAAGAGCGAUGGUGCUACUCUUUACUUGACUCGUGACAUCGGUACCGCCAUCCGCCGUUACAACAAGUACCACUUCGACAAGUCCAUCUAUGUCGUUGCUUCUCAACAAGAUCUUUACUUUGCUCAGCUGUUUAAGAUCUUUGAGCUUAUGGGUUUCGAAUGGGCUAAGAAGUGUGUCCACAUCAACUAUGGUCUUGUGCAAGGCAUGAGCACCCGUAAGGGUAAGGCUGUGUUCUUGGAUGACAUUAUGGAGGUUGCUAAGGAGGAAAUGCACAAGGUGAUGAAGAAGAACGAGGAAAAGUAUGCCCAAAUCAAGAACCCUGAGGAGGUUGCCGACAUUGUUGGCAAGACUGCUGUUCGUAUCCAGGACUCCACUGGUAAGCGUGUCAACAACUAUGUUUUCGACUGGUCCCGUAUGCUGUCUUUCGAAGGUGAUACUGGCCCAUACUUGCAAUACGCCCACUCUCGUCUUUGCUCUGUUCGCCGCAAGGUCAACUUCACCGACGAGCAAAUCGCCAACGCUGAUUUGUCUCUUCUUAAGGAACAAGAUGCUUUCGAUCUUGUUCGUCUUUUGUCUCAAUACCCCGAUGUGCUGAAAAGCUCAUUCCGUUUCCAAGAGACAUCCACUGUCGUUACUUACUUGUUCAAGCUUACUCACAUGGUCAGCAAACUCUACGAUAUCCUCUGGGUUCAAGGUCGCGAAGAGCCCUUGCAACUUGCUCGUCUCAAUUUGUUCGGUGCUGCUAGAUUAGUGCUUUACAAUGGUAUGACGCUUUUGGGCUGACGCCUCUCGAGCGUAUGUAGAAUGGGCACUAUGGACACAGUUUUUAGGUAAAUUUCAUAGUUCUGUUGUAUAUAAAAAUUGAUUCUCGUACUGUUAUAUACGUACUAAAACGUUCAAGCAAGCAAGAAAAAAAAAACAUUAGUACUCUUGUUUCACUCAAAGAUUAAGA